CGAACACUCAAUUCACCGUGCGAGCCUCGUGAGCUUCUUCGCUUCUUCUCUCGCAAGACACAAAAUCGCAGCUUUCGCCAAGAGGACAGUGGAAGAAAACGCAGUAGUGCAGAACUUGCACACUCUCCCGCGUACCGGCAGCCCGGCCCAAAUCACUUAUCGCUCCAAGCGAACACACUUCAAACGACUCACCAGAUGGACGUAACGGCCUCAGACAUGGGGAAAGGUUGCAACGGCCAAGGCGGCGUCAACCAACUCGGCGGACUGUUUGUAAACGGCCGCCCACUCCCCGAACCCAUUCGGCGGAAGAUUGUGGAGCUGUCCCAUGGCGGAGUCCGUCCGUGCGACAUUAGCCGCCAGCUCCGGGUCUCGCACGGCUGCGUGAGCAAGAUCCUGGGGAGGUGAGGCUCAGGAGAGUGGUAGAUUGUGUUUGUAGUGUCUAAGCGGUCCGCAGCGCAACUUUCGCGGCGGGGUGAGAUUGGUAAGCGUUGGUAACAGUGCGUGUGGUAUGGCCGCCGUAUAGCCCUGUUGUGAAAUUCUGUGGUCGUGCAGGUAUCUUGCUUGCGUGUGUAACUGAGCCAAGGAUGUGGUAUGAUCCCAGUAUGUUCUCUAAUUUUGCACGGCUUGCUGGACCCUAAACCACAAGCUCCACAUCUGUGAAAGUUUGAUCCUCCCCCUCUUCUAUCUAUCUAGAUAUUUUGAGACGGGGUCAAUCAAGCCUGGUGUUAUAGGCGGGAGUAAACCCAAAGUUGCCACGCCAAAGGUGGUGACAAAGAUCGAAGAAUACAAACAAGAAAAUCCGAGCAUUUUCGCCUGGGAAAUCCGCGACAGGCUCCUCCAGGAGAACGUCUGUGACAAGAACAGUGUUCCGUCUGUCAGCUCCAUAAACAGGAUCGUCCGCACGAGAGCGCAGCAGAGGCAGAAGGUGAUGCACGAGAAGGUCGGACUCACCCACUCGCACGUGUUUCAGCCCGAGCCGGGAUCACUGCCCAUCAUUCACGGGGAUUUCAUCCCGAGCAGCUCGAGCAUGAGUUUCAUGGCGCCGCACUACUCCCAGCUGUCUGCCACGCAGGGUCUUCAUCUCCAGCAGCAGCCGUUUUUUGCUCCACUCCCGAACCACCAUCCCGGCUCUCGGCUCGCUUCUCAGUUUGCUCACGCUCCUCUGGAGGCUGGUGGGUUCAUGACAGCUGCCGCAACGGGCGGGUGUCUGCAGCCUUACGCUGCUCACCACUCCAUUGAGACAUCCUCAUACGCACCAGGGACCGGUGGGUCGGCUCAGAAACCAGCUCUACCCGCACAGCACUUGACUUACCCAGUGUCGAGUGCGAAUUCCCCACCGCAGAGGCCUUACUAUCAACAGCCGGGCACGAGUCACCUCCCCUCUUUGAGCCCGACUGGGAUUCAGCCUGAGAGUAGCAUGCCGCCCGGGGCCAGUUGCAGCUCAAACGUGAGCAGUCCAAUUGCCGGGGAGUCAGUUUACCAGCAGACGACCGAAGCCUCUGUUGCCAUCGAUUCGGCCAAUGCUCCUUCCCCCAACAUGCCGCUCAACACCAGCGAUCAUGCCGCAAUGAUGUCGCGCAGCAACUCUGAAGAAGGGCUCACCACCAACGGCCAUGGCAACACGAACGGAGAGCAAGUCGAAGCUGACAGCUCCACCGAGACGCUAGAAGACCAGGCAUCUCUCCGGGCACUCACCGAGCUCCAACUGCAACUCCUUCAGAAGGCCUACCACUCUGGGCAGCAUAACGACCCGCACGUCCAGGAGCUUGCAGCUCGAACCAAACUCCCAGCGACCGCCAUCAAGGCUUGGUUCAGCCUGAACAGCGCCGACCGUAAUGGGACAUGGAACUCGUCCCCACCGCAACAAACUAAGCUGGAGCAGGCAGGGAAAUUCUCUCCUCCUCCUACUCACCGCACAGCACUGCAACCCGACCACUUAAAGACAAGCUACUCCUCACAGGCAUCAGUUGCCUACUGCAAUCCAAUCACUUCUGGUAACUACGCUAGCUACAUGACCCACGUACCUCCCCCAUCCUCUUCGACCUACGCAACCUUCACUCCUCAAGACCUGCACACUCUACCAGCGGCAGCGGCUGCCACUAGCUGGAUGCCAUACUCCCAGUUUGCCUAUCCAAGCUAUCUUGCCAGUAAGCGGAGUGUGCAGGGAGCAAGCAGCUAGAGGAACGUAAUAUUGACUCUAUCACUUAUAGCUACUUCUAUCACUUAAUAAUAUGCCACAACCUAUUCAAGCUAACUAACAUACUAACAGAUGUCCCAUAUGUAUCACUAAACUUGUUUCUCUAACUGUACUCUAGCCAAUUUAGGCAAAAAUCACUUGUGAAUCCUCCUCACCUUUCAUUAAAUUAUCAUUUCUCGGAUUGUUUUUUGGAAUGAAAACGGACAAUAAUUAUUUUGCUGUUGUAGUAAUUGUCUUCCCAUUGCCCGCCUUAUCACUUGGUAAAUAUUUUUAGUUAACAAUUUUGUUUGUUUAUAACACUUUUCUCUUGAUCACUCCCAUUAAUUUUGAGUCGUUUUUACUUUUACACGUGUAUUUUGAGUGUUUUUUGAAAUGUAAAACACAUAAAAAUGGGUAGCUGCUGUAACAUAAAACAACACAAUUUCAUACUAAGAAUACUCUUGUCUGUGUGCAAACCCUAUUUUUGAGACUUGUUUGCACAAACCAACAACGAGAUAUAAAACAAGGCAUGUGUGUGGAGUUAAAAGAAAGCUUGUGUGCAAGGGAUUGCACAAGUAUAAUUAUUAUACCAAUCGGUGACCAUGGUGUUGUAUGGUGUGAAAUGGGUUAAAAGGUUUUGUUGUGUGGUGUGAAAUGGGUUAAAAAGGUUUUGUUGUGCGGU